UCGGUUCACUCUUAUUCUUUCCCCGACCGUCCCAUACAUUUUAAUCUGCGACCUCUUUGUUUCGGACGAAGAAAAAAGUUCUUCGCCUAUAUUAAUGUGAAUCUUUACCCAAAUUUCUAUAUCUCUAUCCAUCCGUCGACAAUCACAUUGCCUCUAACUGCUUACUACCGCUCACUAUGUUGUCAUCUUCUCCACUUCGAGUCUUCACUAGUUCGGGUACUCCGUUUAGGUCUGGCUCAGCCGCUCUGAUAACCAAACGUAAAUUCCGGAAUUAUGCGACACAAGCUAAGAUUCCGGUAAAUAUAGUGGAGGUUGGACCCAGAGAUGGAUUGCAGAAUGAAAAGGGUGUCAUCCCUGUUGAUGUCAAAGUCGAGCUUAUUGAGAAGCUCGCGCUAGCUGGGUGCAAUAAUAUUGAAGCAGGUUCAUUCGUGAGUCCAAAGUGGGUUCCCCAGAUGGCAGGAACAGGUGAAAUCAUAUCAAGGAUGCACCGACUACCAGAAGUUCACUAUGCCGUUCUGGUACCUAAUCAGAAAGGACUAGAUGGCCUGCUUUCUGUCCUUAAUGCCUAUAAUUCUUCACCAGACUCCGAAAGUGUUCCUCCGCCUUCAGAUGAGAUAUCCGUCUUCACAGCAGCAACAGAUGCGUUUACCCGCGCUAAUCUCAACACUAGCAUUACCGAAUCAUUGGUGAAAAUGGCACCAAUGGUGCGAGCAGCCCUUGACAAGGGAUUGAGAGUAAGAGGGUACGUCAGUGUGGCGAUAGCGUGUCCGUAUACUGGCCAGGUUGAUUACAAGAAAGUACGAGAGGUUUCCAGGGAAUUGCUUGAAAUGGGAUGUUAUGAAGUAAGUCUUGGGGAUACUGUUGGUCGUGGUACGCCUUCGCAGGUAGCGGAGAUGUUGGAGGAAGUGAAGAAGGAUGUGCCAGUUGAAAAGCUGGCUGGCCACUUUCACGAUACCUUUGGCACUGCAGUGGCUAAUGUAUUCACUGCAUUAGAGCACGGGGUGCGUACGAUCGACUCUUCCGUUGGUGGGCUUGGGGGAUGUCCCUACUCUCCUGGAGCGACAGGCAAUGUCGCUACUGAAGAUGUCCUCUACGCCUUGCAGGGUUCCAAAUAUGGCAUCACUGGAACAGAGUAUGGCAAGGGCACGAUUGACCUCGAUCAGAUCACUGAAAUUGGUUGGUGGAUAAGUGAAAAACUCGGAAGAGAGAGUGUCAGCCGUGCGGGUAGGGCCUUGAGAGCAAAGAAGAUUCGCGAUGCAGAGAUGGCUAAGGAUGGGGAAGUUCGGGCCAAGCUGUAGUCAGCCGUGCGUUGUAAGGUUAAGUUUUGUAUCAUUGUUAUCACAUAUUUGAACACUCGUACUUCAGUCUCAGUACUAGUUAAAUUAAGCUUCGGUAUUACCA